AUGCCUCGUGGUCAGAAGAGUAAGCUCCGUGCUCGUGAGAAACGCCGCCGUAACAGAGAUGAGACCCGAGGUCUUAUGAGUGCUCAGGCCACCACAGCAGAGGAGGAAGAGACCACUCCUUCCUCCUCUCCUGUGUUUGGGGAUGCUCCCUCAGGCUCCCCUGUUCCUGGCACUUCCCAGGAGCCCCAGAAGGGUGUGGCCACCACCAGUGCUGCUGCAGGUGUUUCACGCCCGAGAUCUAAUGUAGGUGCCAAGAGCCAGGUUGAGGAAAAUAAAAAUUCCUCUCAGGCCUCAACUUCUACUGAGAGUGCUAGCAAAGAUCCUCUAACCAGGAGGGUGGGGAUGUUGAUGCAGUUCCUGCUGUAUAAGUAUAAAUUGAAGGAGCCCAUUAAAAAGGCAGACAUGCUGAAGAUCAUCAACAAAAGGUACAGGGAGCACUUCCCCGAAAUCCUCAGGAAAGCCUCUGAGCGCAUGGAGCUGGUCUUUGGCCUAGAAUUAAAGGAAGUCAAGCCAGGCGGUCACUCCUAUACCCUCGUCAGCAGCCUAGACCUCACCAGUGAUGGCAGUGUGAGCAGCGCCUGGGGUUUUCCUAAGAAUGGGCUUCUCAUGCCUCUCCUCGGUGUGAUCUUCUUGAGUGGCAACCGCGCCUCUGAGGAAGAUAUCUGGGAAUUCCUGAAUGUUUUGGGUAUCUAUGAUGGAAGGAGGCAUUUCGUCUUUGGGGAGCCCAGGAAGCUCAUCACCCAAGAUUUGGUGCAGGAAAAGUACCUGGAAUACCGCCAGGUGGCCAACAGUGAUCCUCCACGCUACGAGUUCCUGUGGGGCCCCAGGGCCCAUGCUGAGACCAGCAAGAUGAAAGUCCUAGAGUUUGUGGCCAAGAUCCAUGAUACCGUCCCCAGUGCCUUCCCGCCGCAUUAUGAAGAGGCUCUGCAAGAUGAGGAAGAGCGAGCCCAAGCCCGAGCCGCAGCUGGGGCUGCCUCUACUACCAAGGCCGGUGCACGUUCCCGGGCCAAGUCCAGCCACUCCUCUCGUCCCUAG